GGAGAUGAAUCAGUCCCUUCAGAAAAUGAGAAAAAAAAUCUUUAUAAAUUGGCAAGAUAUGAUUGCCUUUAGGCAAAAGACAAAUCAAGGGAAACGACCCUUCAACCGACAACAAUUUUCCCGCAAACUUUAGCCUCUCUCUCCCUCCCUCAUUACUAUUACUUUUUCUUAAAUAUAAAGCAAAACCCACUUAAGAUUCACAUUCUUCCAAAGAUAUUUCAAAAACAACGACAAAAAAUGGGUGUUUUUUCUGGUCAUUGGCCUUCUGAAUCAGAGUUGGAUAAAAUACGAAAUAAAGUUGCUGAAUUGUCUGGUAGAGAUGCUCAGGAGGUUAGGUUGGUUAUAUCACCUUACAGGAUUUGCCCAUUGGGCGCUCACAUUGAUCAUCAGGGUGGGUCAGUUUCAGCUAUGACAAUCAAUAAGGGUAUACUACUUGGUUUUGUUCCUUCUAAUGACUCUCAGGUUACAUUGCAAUCUGCGCAAUUUGAAGGAGAAGUUCUGUUCAGACAGGAAUUUAUACCACACAUCCUUAAACUUCACAGAGUAGAUGAAGUUCAGCUUCCUAAGCAUAUGUCUGAGACAAAUGGUUUAACGGAACAAAUAGACUUAUCCACACCUCAGGAAGAAUGCAAAUGGGGUAACUAUGCUAGAGGAGCAAUAUACGCCUUGCAGAGCAGAGGAAAUCAUCUGAAAACGGGUAUCACUGGGUUUAUCUGUGGUUCUGAGGGUCUCGACAGUUCAGGUCUCAGCUCUUCUGCUGCUGUUGGUGUAGCAUAUCUCUUGGCUUUUGAAAGUGCGAAUGAUCUUGUAGUGUGCCCCACAGAAAAUAUUGAAUAUGAUAGGCUGAUUGAGAACGAGUAUUUAGGUCUGAAAAAUGGGAUAUUGGAUCAGUCUGCAAUAUUGUUAUCAAGCUAUGGCUGUUUGACCUUCAUGAACUGCAAGACAAUAGAACACAAACUGAUACACCCGCCAGAGGUGCAAAAUAAUCAUGAAGGAGAGAGAGGUAAUGCAUACAAGAUAUUGCUGGCCUUUUCAGGUCUUAAACAGGCAUUGACAACGAGUCCUGGAUAUAAUCGACGAGUUGUGGAGUGUCAAGAGGCUGCAAAAGUUCUGUUGCAAGCUUCAGGGAAUGAAGAGUUGGAACCUGUUCUAUCAAAUGUUAAACCAGAAGAUUUUGAAGUCCACAAGAGCAAAUUAGAAGCCAACCUAGUUAAACGAGCAGAGCAUUAUUUCUCUGAAAACGAGAGAGUUCUGAAAGGACUUGAUGCUUGGGCUUCCGGAAACCUUAAAGAAUUCGGAGAUCUUAUUACAGCAUCUGGUCUAAGUUCUAUUCAAAACUAUGAGUGUGGUUGUGAACCACUUAUACAGCUAUAUGAGGUUCUUCUGAGGGCCCCUGGUGUUCUUGGGGCGCGGUUUAGUGGUGCAGGAUUCCGAGGCUGCUGUCUUGCAUUUGUAGAAGCAGAUAGAGCAGAAGAAGCUGCAAGUUUUGUGAAGAACGAGUACUUUAAGCUCCAGCCCAAUUUGGCGAGCCAUCUCAAUCAAGGACCGGCUGUAUUGAUAUGUGAUGCAAGUGACUCUGCACGGGUGAUCAGCAACACUUUCAGUCAGCUAGAUUAGUAAACGUACUCAUAUUCAUAUUUAUAGCUCCACUAUAUCGCAUUUAUCUGUUCUUUUCAGAUUAUUUGUAUUUUUGUACCCUUUGUCUUCCUACUAUUUCAUUUUCAAUGUAUAUUAAAUUGGACGUUGGAGAUGGAUUCCAUCAAAUAAAUUGUAUUGGUUUUCCUUGCUGAAUUUCUGUACUAACCUGACUACUAUUGACGGACAGAGUCCUUUUUGCUUAUAGUUUAUGAGUUUGGUUCUUGUA